AUGGCUGAUACAUCGGAGAAAAGCGACAUCGAGUCGCCUUCGAAAGUAGCAGAAAAGUCUCCUUCUAUCGUCAACUCUGCCAAGAGUCAGCCCGUUGAGCCCCCUGUCCCCUCAAAACCCGAAUAUGUGCACAAAACCGGUGCAGAUGCAGCCCUCGACCUGUUGAACGAGACGGGCGGUAUCAGCGAACCGUUCGAUGCUCAGAAAAACAAACGACUCCAACGCCGCAUCGACACCCAUAUCAUGCCUUUGAUUUGCAUCGUCUACUUCCUGCAGUACAUCGACAAGACAGCCAUCUCGUACGCCAGUGUCACAGGCAUCAUCCAAUCGACUGGACUGGUUGGCAAUGAGUUCAACUGGGUUGCCUCCAUCUUCUUCUUUGGUCAACUUGCCUUUGAAUUCCCGACCAUCCGACUCUUGCAGUUGUUCCCGCUUGCCAAAUAUGUCUCUGUCAACGUCACCCUAUGGGGCGCUACGCUUGCAUGCAUGGCCGCUUGUACCAACUACUCGGGUCUCUUGGCAUGCCGCUUCUUUCUUGGCGUCUUGGAGGCUGCCAUCGUCCCGGCGUGGGUCCUCUUCACCUCUCAGUGGUACAACAAGGAUGAGCAGGCGUUUCGUGUCGGUAUUUGGUUCUCGGUUUGCGGCAUGGCCCAGAUGUUUGGUGGCUACUUUGCAUAUGGUGUGGCUACCCAUGUUGGCAAAGAUCCCGAUGCUGCCCUCAAGGGCUGGCAGGUCAUUUUCCUGUUCCUUGGUCUUCUCACUGGCCUCGUGGGAAUGUCGUUCUGGUUCAUCAUGCCAGACUCUCCGGCCGUCGCUGGGUUCUUGUCAAAGGAGGAAAAGGCUCUCCACCUACAGAGAAUCCGUGGCAAUGAGCAGGGAAUCGGAUCUCAGACGUUCAAAUGGAGCCAUGUUCGCGAAGCCUUGACGGACUCUAUGACCUGGCUCUAUGCUUUCUGGGUAUUUGCCGCCAACAUUCCCAACUCUAUCGCAACAAGUUUUGGAAACAUUCUGGUCAAGGGCAUGGGGUACACGAGCGAGGAGUCUCUUUUGCUGGUCACGCCUCUUGGUGCUUGGGAGAUUGUCUUCUUGAUCGGCUUGACCUACGCCGCCAUGAAGACGAGACAGCGUCUGUACUUUUGUAUCCUUGGUCAUAUUCCUGCAAUUAUCGGCGCCAUCCUCAUGGCAACUACGGAAAAGGUUCCCGCCCUCAUCGGAUACUACACGAGUGGCGGAAUUCCCAUCGGUUGGACGACGAUUCUCGGCCUUCAGAGUUCCAAUGUUGCUGGUUCUACAAAAAAGAUCACCGUGUCUUGCAUCGGAACCAUUGCCUAUACGGUUGGCAACAUCAUCUCGCCGCACACCUUCCAAGCUCGAGAUGGCCCGAGAUAUCUUCCGGCAAAGAUUUCCAUCUGCAUCAUCUACUUCCUAUGCACUGUUGAUCUGUUUGUCAUGCGAUGGGUCUUCCAGAGGAGGAAUAGGCUGAGGGAUGAGGCCAAGGCAGCGCAGGGAUCCGAGUACCAGGUCGAGGAUAAUCAUGAGUUCCUAGACUUGACAGACCUGGAGAAUAAGGAGUUCCGCUACGAGCUGUAG